AAUGCUGGAGCGGCAUUGAGUUUCAGGAAAGUUCAGGGGCGGGGCGUCUGGAUGAAGUACACUCAGGGGUUGCAGAGUUGCCUUUGUUUUCGGACAAGUCUGCCCAGGUGUCUUUGUUUUUUCCAACUGCUGAUGCUCAUAACUUACAUUUCCCCCUAAAAUAGUUACUUAUUUCCAGCAUCCCCACCUCUGCAAGGAUUAACGGAGACAUGUCGCCACUUCAGAUUCUCGCGGUCCUCCUGCUGCCAAGUGCUUGGUGCCAGAGCGGCGACCAUAGGCAGCAGGGAGGGCUGGUGGAGACCAAGAACUUCACCUACCCGGCGGGCUCCCGGGCCGUGCUGCCCUGCCACAGCCCCCGCAUGGUGUGGACCCGGGACCGGCUGCGAGACCGCCAGAGGGUGGUCCACUGGGACCUGGUCCGCACCGCCCCCGAGUACUCUGUGGAGCGGCUCCUGGACAUGUCCCCCGGGGACGGGCCCCAGCCCCACCAGAGGCUCUACAACGCCUUCAACAAGGGCCGUGUGUCCGUCCCGCAGACGGCCUUCAGCGACGGGAACUUCUCCCUCGUCAUCAACAACGUGUCCAACGCAGACAGAGGGGUCUACACGUGUAACCUGCACCACCACUACUGCCAGGUCCACCAGUCCGUUAAGAUCCAGCUCAACGUCACCAAAUCAGCCCGUAAGGAGAAGCGCUACUGGGACGGCGAGCGCACGGUGUUCGUGGUGCUCCUGGGCCGCUCGGUGGCGCUGCCCUGCGUCAACCGGCGCCCCCUGUGGCGGGACGGCCUGCAGGAGGACCAGCAGCAGGUGGCCCACUGGGACUACCAGGCCCCCGGCGUGCGCCAGGACCGGGCGGACCGCCUGGUGGACCUCUACGCCUCGGGCGAGCGGCGGGAGUACGGGCCGGUGUUCACCCCCGGCAAGAUGAGCCUGGAGGAGGACGCCUUCUCCGACGGGGACUUCUCCCUGAGCAUCGCGCACCUGGAGCCCGAGGACCGGGGGCUGUACUCCUGCCACCUGCACCACCACUACUGCGGCGUGUACGAGAGGCGCAUCUUCCGGCUGACCGUGGGACCCCCCCGGCGGCGCUCUCCCACUGCUCCUUCCCCUCCUCCUCCUCCUCCUCCUCCUCCUCCCCCUGCUCCCCCCGUGCCGACCUCGGCCCCCAGGGUCCCUGCCCGCGCCGAGCCCGACUUCAGCAAGGAGAGAGGCACCAACGAGGUGGAGAUGCCAAGAGUGGUGAACGUCAUCCUUCCAGAGCAGCAGGGUCACAUGACGCAGCAGCUGGGUUACAUCCUGGCUACCUUCUUCCUGCUGGCCCUCCUCCUAGCCGCCAUCAUUGUGCUUACGCGGCGACGCAGAAAGAGAGAGACAGACUACGAACUCCGCACAUAUGAUCGAGGCCAUGAGCUCUGUGUUGGUGAGGUGUCGAUGACCAGCACAGAGAUGAAGACUUGCCAUCAGGAACCUCUGAAUUCAAAUUACAAGAACAACCUACUGAAGGAGAUGGACAUGUCCAAAGGCUGCAAUCAGGACUUGGAGGGGAAGAUGUGGAUGUGAUGUGAGAUUGGUGGAUUGCUACUGGCAGGUCCAGGGCAGUGGAGAGAGGAAUAAGUGGGAGGACGAGGCCAUGCAGAAACCAAAGAUGGGCGACUGUGUAAGGACAGGAGGAUAAUUCCCUCUGCUCUGAUUCUGGCUCAGCUAGAAUGUUUAGGAAAAUAAUUGUUUUUUAAAGUUUUAUACACAUUUGGUUCUCUUUAACUACAAUAUGGUUUAACAUAUCUUUUUGUCGUUACGUUUUCGUAAGUAUCUUGUCACAUCAUUUUACAUUACAUAUUUGGUUCUUUCUCAAGUGGUUCUAAAGUGCAUGCUUUGCUUGUUGUAUGUGUGUAGUUUAUGUCUGUGUGCUUACACAGCCUCAACAUGUGUGCACUUUAUUGUACACAAUUCAUCUUAAAGAUUAAUGAAUUAUAAUACUUUUUAACACAAUAUGCUUUACUGUAAUACAGAACUCUUCCGCUAAAAUCAUUGGUUAAGCACAAUGUAUUUAGGCAGUAUUUGAUGAUUUUUGAAGUGAAUAUAACAGAGGUUUCCCGUUUUUAUAGGAUGCCUCAAUAUUACCAACAAGAAAUACUCUUUUCAACAUACUUCAUAAUUCAUAGGAAAUAUAAACAGGGAAAUAAGAAAACGAUUUCACACCCAUAAAACUCAAUUGCAUUGUGAAUUAUCACAAUAAGAAUGUAAGGAAGAUGGACUGAAUCUGACACAACUCAGGAAUUAAGUAGGUAAAAUAGUCUAUCCUCUUCCAUCUAAAUAUUUGUUAUUAUUUAUGUAGGUUGGUUUUACAAGCAAACAUUGUUUUAAAGAAACCCUGGUUGGCUUUCUAUAAUUGGAUCUGCUGGUAAAUGCAUGCACACUUUUCGUAUACAACCUCUAUAAACUUUGUUGUCAUGGGGUACUUAAUCACCUACUUUGUUUAAGACAAACACAACCUCGAGUGCCUUUUUCUAUUGCGUUCUUUUUUUCAAUAAAGGACUCUUGUUUUUGCACGAUGUAAA